AUGCCUCGUGGUCAGAAAAGUAAGCUCCGUGCCCGUGAGAAACGCCGCAAGGCCCGAGAUGAGACCCAGGGUCUCAAUGUUCCUCAGGUCACUGAAGCAGAGGAAGAAGAGGCCCCCUGCUGUUCCUCUUCUGUUUCUGGGGGUGCUGCUUCAAGCUCUCCUGCUGCUGGCAUUCCCCAGAAGCCUCAGAGAGCCCCAACCACUGCCGCUGCUGCUGCUGCAGGUGUUUCAUCCACAAAAUCUAAAAAAGGUGCCAAGAGCCAAGGUGAGAAAAACGCAAGUUCCUCCCAGGCCUCAACAUCUAGUGAGAGCUCAAGCGAAGAUCCUCUAACCAGGAAGGCAGGGAUGUUGGUGCAGUUCCUGUUGUACAAGUAUAAAAUAAAAGAGUCCGUUACAAAGGGAGAAAUGCUGAAGAUUGUUGGCAAAAGGUUCAGGGAGCACUUCCCUGAGAUCCUCAAGAAAGCCUCUGAGCGCCUGAGUCUUGUCUUUGGCCUUGAGCUGAAUAAAGUCAAACCCAACGGCCACACUUACACCUUCAACACCAAGGUAGACCUCACCGAUGAAGAAUGCCUGCUCAGUACCUGGGACUUUCCCAGGAGCGGGCUUCUGAUGCCUCUCCUGGGUGUGAUCUUCUUAAAUGGCAACUCUGCCACUGAGGAAGAGAUCUGGGAAUUCCUGAAUAUGUUGGGAGUCUAUGAUGGAGAGGAGCACUUAGUAUUCGGGGAACCCCGGAAGCUCAUCACCCAAGAUCUGGUGGAGGAAAAAUAUCUGGAGUACAAGCAGGUGCCCAACAGUGAUCCCCCACGCUAUCAAUUCCUGUGGGGUCCAAGAGCCUAUGCCGAAACCAGCAAGAUGAAAGUCCUGGAGUUUUUGGCCAAGGUGAAUGGUACCACCCCCUGUGCCUUCCCAGCCCAUUAUGAAGAGGCUUUGAGAGAUGAAGGGAAAGCCGGAGUCUGA